AUGGCCGAACAAGACGACCUGUCCAAGAUCCUCGGCCCAUCCGCCACCCGCGACGCCGUCCCCCAGCCCAAUGCGACAUAUGUCAUCCUCGACCGGUCCUCCGGCGCCGCCAUCACCAUUUUCGAAGGCAAGAUCCGGCUGGAAAAGGACAUUAGCCGCGCGGGGAACUGCUACUGGCAAUCUGUGGAAAAGGACGGCUGGCUGGGUUUCCGCGAGACGCAGCUGGAGAAGUACUUGGGGCAUGACUUUUGGUGGAAGUUCACGGCGGAGAGUACCGAGCACAGCGAGUACGGGUACUUUGUGCCGAGGAGGCAUGCAGAUGGGGGAUAUGAGUUGCUGGCGCCGAGUCUGGGGAAGCUGCUGCACGUUGUUGCUGGGGAGGGCGGCGAGCUGAGGGCCACGGAGAAGGGGGGCACGACGUGGGAGUUUGUUAGGGUUGAUGGUGGUGAUGAGGAUGGUGAUGAUGACGCUGAGGAAGAGGAGAUGAAUGGAGUGGAGGAGCUGGCUGAGGAAGAAGAAGAGGAAGAAGAGGAGGAGGAGGAAGAGGGAGAGGAAGAGGAAGAAGAAAAGGAGGAGGAGAAGAAGAAGAAGUAG